AUGGAGCACGCCAGUUUCGACGAUCAGAUCUUUGGCGACUUUGGCAGCGGUCCACUGAGUCCGCUGGGCGCCAGCAAACCACUUCUGCCCACAUCCACAACGACCAUCCAGCACGGCACUCUGCAUCCCGUUAUGCUCGGCAGUGUUGUCCACGAGCUGUGCAGCCAGCAGCAGCAGCAGCAACAACAACAGCAACAGCAGCGUCUGCCCGACUGCAACACCAUCCUGCCAAAUGGCGGAGGCGGUGGCUCUGGAUCUCCCAACUAUGCACAGAAGAUGGAUUUCGGCAAUAAGAUGGGCUGCUUCUCACCCAGCCAGAAAUAUGAGUAUAUAACGACGCCACAGAAGCUGGUCGAACAACAACAACAACAACAACAGCAGCAGCAGCAGCCUCAGCAACAUCAUCAGCAAUACGCCGUAACUCCUCCGCCUUCACAUUCGCAUACACACAACCACAAUGGAAUGCUGCAUCAUAAGCCACAGCAACAACAGCAACAACAGCAGCUGGUGGGGAUUAUGAGUGAUUAUCAUACGCUGAAUGGCAAGUUAGAUUACUCGCCGAAGGAUCAGUAUGAGCCACAGCAACAUGUCGCUAUGCAUCUGUACGGCGACAGUCCGCAUCAUAGUCAUGGCCAUGCCCAUGUCCUGCCCCAUGAGGAUGCCAGUCUGAUGGAGCCCACUCCGCUGCUGCUCGCCAAUGGCAACGCCACGGGUGGCAAGCAUAAAAAACCAGAGGAGAUGUGCGGCCAAAUGGAGAACUCAAGUGGCACAACCAAUGGCAGUGCCACUUCCAGCAAUUCCACCAACAAUAACAGCAACAACAACAGCAACAACAACAGUGCCAACAACUCCGCUACUGCGACCAAUAACGGAGCAGGAACAGCGGGCAGUGGAGCGGUGGGUGGUGUGGGAGGAGGCAUUCCUGGAACAGCGGCCAAAAAGGACAACAGCAACAAGAAGAAGGGCGAUCCCAAUGGCAUUAAAAAGAAGAAAACGAGAACGACGUUUACGGCAUAUCAGCUGGAGGAGUUGGAACGAGCGUUUGAGCGUGCUCCGUAUCCGGAUGUGUUUGCGCGCGAGGAAUUGGCCAUCAAGUUGAAUUUGAGCGAGUCCCGAGUACAGGUUUGGUUCCAGAACCGUCGGGCCAAGUGGCGUAAGCACGAGCCACCCCGGAAGACCGGAUACAUUAAGACAAACACUCCGCCGACGGCGUCGCUGAACAGCACAUUGGCGCCACCUUUUGCCAGUUUUCCGCAGACGACAACGGUGACUCCGCCGGGCAGCAUGGACAGCUGGACAAGCUACCAGACGCCGUACGAGCUGAGUCCGCAGUUCGGACUGCUGUCACCGGCGCCCAGUCCAUAUGGCACCUACUCCGGACAGUACGGCACCUACGUCCACGAGAGUCAACUUUUCUCGAUGCGGCACUUUGACUACGGAAGUCCGCCGCGCAUUGAGAUGAACGGGGGUGGGGGCAGUGGAGGAGGCACAGGCGGAGUCAGUGCCGGAGUCGGUGUGGAUGUGGCAAGUGAGGCGGUCAAUGGCUAUCAGACGACGGAUCUGCAGCAGCUGGACGGAACGACGACCACUCAGCAGCAACUACCGGACGGAACACUGGUAACGGUACAUCAGCAGCUCAAUGGCAAGUAUCUCAGUCCGGAGGAGGCCAAGUAUGUCCAGGUUCAAUGUCAACCGCCGACGGGAUUGGACAACAAUUCCGCUGCCUGUCACAUGGAGGCGCAUCAUUACGUCAGCGCAGCAACAGCGGCAGCGGCCGCAGCAGCAGCAGCAUCCGCAUCCGGCAGCGAUGACAAUGACAGUGGCUUGCAUACUGUGAUCAAAAGCGAGGAGCAACAACAACAACAACAACAACAGCAACAACAGCAGCAGGCGCAAAAUUAUGUUCUGCCGCCUUUUUUGCCCUAAGAGAAAUGCUCACACACCGACGCCAGCAGCAGCAGCAGCUGCGACGCUUUGCGUCUGCCGCUGUCAGCGCAAAAGUACGCUUCAAGCGGCCAUUUUGAAUAACUCAGUUCAAAAUGCCUGUGUGUAUGCGUGCAUGUGUGUGUGUGGAGCAUUUCAAAGUGUCCUAAAGUCUUAGCAAAUGCCAAUGUAGAGAACAUAGUGAAGUGAUUAACAAGGUGACAUUCAAAUUCUCAAAAAAAAUACUUUUGCUUGAGUUCUAAUUAUUCCUCUCAUUGCCUUCUUAAUCAUUUCACCAUGUGCCAAUGUCAAGAACAAACGUAGAGCAAUUAUCGAUACAACUGUUAUAUCGAGUAUAACACAAUCAUUUGCUCAUUGUUGCCAUAGGUUCCUUUUAGUUUGUAUGCAUAAUUAAUUAAGCUAAACAAAAAACGACAACAAAAUCGACAAGUCUUGCCAAAACUUAAAAUCAUUAAUUAUUAUUAUGGUUAUUUUUAGUGUCUAGUUCUUAAUAAAUCUGUUAGUUCUCUCCGUUGAACAACGAUAACCCGAGUAUGCAUUCCAAAUGUGCCUUAAUGUGGCCAGAAUUGUUAUAUAAGCGAUUUAGCAUUGUUUAGAUUCUGGGCACUGACCUUACCUUAUAUUAAAUUCACUAAUUAUAAAUAAAAAUUAAACUGUUGUGUAAGUAGACAA